AUGCAGCUGUCGUGCUGUAAGCUGCGCACCCAUCAGUGGUGCUUCCUGCUGUUCAACGUGCUCCUGUUCCACGCGCUGCUCUUCGGGGGAGACUUUGUGGAGGAGUACCUCCUCCAGGCCUUCCCCGGGACCUACACGGACGUGAAGGUGCUGGAGGUCCGGGAGAGGGCGCGGAAGCUGGACCUGAGCGGGGCGAGGGACAACCUCUCCCAGCAGUACUACGUCAGCAACGCCCAGGCCUGCCACGGCCAGGACCUGUUCCUGCUGGCGCUGGUCUUCAGCGCCCCCGGCAACGCCCGUCGCCGUGACACCAUCCGCGCCACCUGGGGCAAUCGCACGCAUAUUCAGGACUUCCUCAUCCGGACGCUGUUCGUGCUGGGGUCGCCCCCGUCCCUCAGCACCCAAGCGGCCGUCCUGAGGGAGGCCGAACUGCACGGUGAUAUCAUCCAGGGGCGCCUGAUCGAAUCACCUAGUAACCUGACUCCCAAAACGCUUCUAGCCAUGCAGUGGGUGGUGACCUACUGCCCCUUUGCCCGAUUUAUCUUGCACGCCAACGAGACAGCGUUUGUGAACUUCCGGGCCUUGGGGGGCUACCUGCUGACACUCCGCCGGCACCCAGAGGACUUGUACAUCGGCCGUGUGGUGCACCAGGAGAUGCCUGACCGGGACCCUAAAAGCCCACACUUUGUGUCCCCCGGUCAGUAUCAUGACAAGUACUUCCCUGACUACUGCGCGGGCCCUGCCUUCGUCCUGUCCCAGGACGUGGCCCGGAAGGUGAUCGUAGCCUCAGCGGAAGUGCGCUCCCCCGUGCCCUACGAUGUGUUCCUGGGCAUAUGCGCCCACAAGGCCGGGGUCGUGCCCACCCACAGCGCCCGUUUUUCCGGAGAGAGGCACAUCCGCUACAACGCCUGCUGCUACCGGUUCAUCUUCAGCUCGGCCAGCGUGGGGGACGAGGAGCUGGCCGCCGUCUGGCCGGACCUACGGGAAGAAAGGAGCUGCUCCAUGCUGGAGACCUACUACGGUCUGGUGGCCUGCAAGGCCCUCACCUACCUGGACAAGUUUUCAUUCUUCAGCACUGAGACCGUUAAAGAUGGGGAUUCCCAUGGCUAA